UCCUUUCCUAACCUAACAAUUUGAAUUUCACAAUUUCAGUAAUUUUUCGUAAUUUUGAAAUACUUGUGAUUAGAUUAUGAACGAUAAAUAACGUUACAAUAAAGAGAUAAGGCAUUAGCUUGGAUAGCUAAUGAUGUUGAAUUAUGAUUAAUAUAAUUAUUUAUAUGUAAGAAAAGAAGACAUAAGUUACAUUAUUGCAAAUGUAAAUUUUGAAGGAAUCCAGAAAUAAUUAUAUAUACAAGCCUCUCAUCUAUUUGGAAAUGAUAUACUAGAUAAUUUUGAGAUCGUGCAUUCAAAUAUCAUAAAAAUGGACAAACUACUGCAGCACAGUAGCUAUAUUUGCAUUAACUGUGGGAGCAAAGUUGAGAAUUUAUUCAGGAAGUAUAGUCCAACUGUUUUGAAAUUGACUAACUGUGAGAAAUGCCACAGAGUUGCAGACAAGUAUGUAGAAUAUGAUGUUAUAAUAAUAAUAAUUGAUUUGAUUUUGCUCCAACAAAGAGCAUAUCGUCAUAUUUUAUUCAAUUCUAAUUACAAGAAUUUGUGGAAAUUAUCAGUUAUUAUUCUGCUCAUUGACACCUACAUUGACUGGUCUUCCUACAACAAAUAUUAUGGAUUCAAAAAAAUACAGUAUGAUGGGGACUAUGAUAAUUUUGAUUUCUAUAAAAUUGGUAUAAAGAAUAGUAUACGAACUCUGGUGUUUGUAAUUACAGUUUACUUACACACAAUUCUGUAUUGCAAAACACUUAAGAGAAAGGUUGUGUCUUUCAAAGAAGUCUGGAAAAUACUUUCUGUAUCAAGUUUUGGGACAUUCUUCUUUCUGCCUGUACUCAUUUGGGAUAUAGGGGUACAUCAAGAAAUCCAUAAGUUCAUAAUACUUGUUUAUAUUAUUCUUUCCCAGUUAACAGCGUAUAUGGUGAUAGUGGAUGGAGCAAAAAUAUGGAGUAUUUAUACCAUUCUGAUGUCAUAUACAUUCAAAACUAUAAUAUUCAAUUAUUAUUAUGAUCAUGCAACAUCAGUGAUAAUGCUUAGUGACAGUAUUUCUUUAGGGUAUUAAUGUAGGUAUGUUUUUUUAUUAUUUAGUUCACAAUUUUGCCUCGAAUUGUUUUAUCUAAAAAGAUAAAUAGUUGUUCUAUUGAUAAAAUGAAUGUUGUAUCAAAAUAUUUGAUAGGCCUUUACUGCACUCCUGAUUUGUAUGAAGGAAUCUGUUUUUACAGAAAUAUGUUAAUUUGGAAAGGAAGAAACAAUGAAUAGGAUAAUUCAAAAAACCUUAUGUAGUUCUUUCUUUUUUAUUAAAAUAAAAACCACAACAGAACAA